UUUGCGGUCGAGAGUUACUCCCAGCAGAUUAUGUCAGUGGCUGAUUGAACACGGAUGUCUCGUCACAGUAGACGUCACGUGUUUUCUCCUCAGUGAGCGAAACCGAGAGAACGGAGAGAGACGCGGAUCAUGGAGGAGUGUGCCCUGCUGCUGCUGCUGCUCGGGGCCGCCGCAUCCACAGGUCUGAGUCCUCCACAGAACCUCGGGCUUCAGACGCUCAACACCCAGUAUGUGCUGCACUGGGACUGGCCUGGAAACCAGAGCGCUGUAAACCAGAGCGUCCGCUUCACCGCUCAGUACAUGUCAGAGUUCCGGUCACGGCGAGCGGAGCACAUGCAGAAGUGGCUGACGGUGUGUGAGGAUGUGGAGGAGCAGCGCUGCGACUUCACCCACGCCGGCCUCUUCUACUUGGGCAUCUACCUGCUGCGCGUCAGGGCAAACACCCGGGAGCAGGCCUCCAACUGGACCCAGAUCAGCUUCUGCCCUGAUAAACACGCGGCUCUAGGUCCUCCGUCCAGUGUGACUCUGCGUUCGGUUCGUGGAGUUCUGGAGAUGGUCAUGGCUGAUCCUCUGAGCAGCACCAAUGAGUCCAUGAAGACGCUGGUGCAGGACAUGUACUACCUGAUCCAGUACUGGAGACAGGCUGAUGACACUCGGCAGGCUAAAGAGCUGCGCACCCCGAAUAACCUGGUGGUUCUGCCGGAUCUGGCCAGAUGGAGCGUGUACUGCGUGAGGGUCCAGAGCCGCUACGACUUCGAGAACAAGAGCAGCGUGUUCAGCGACACACACUGCGCACAGACAGAAGGCCAGACGGCGGUGUGGCUGAUCCUGCUGUACUUCCUGUUGGCGCUGGUGCUGGUGUUCCUGCUGGUGCUGCUGCUGUUCCUCUGCUCCUACAGAACCUUCCAGACCUUCAAGAGCGUCUGCAGACCCAGCGCACAGCUGCCCGCACACAUCCAGGAGCUCUGGCUCUCUGACGCAGACACACCUCAGAUCCUGCUGUCUAAGGAGUGUGUGUGCGAGCAUAUGGACGUGGCCCUGGUCUGCGCGGUGGACACACACAUCCCAGAGGAGCCUCAGGACAGCGGCGGCAGCAGCAGCGACACACACUCCAGCGGAGACUCCGGCGUCUACAGCGAGGAGGACAGCGCAACACACACACACUCACACUCCCUCUCUCUGAAGAACACACACACACAUGAUCACACACUCCUGCUUACAGACACACUCUGAUGUACACACACACACUCUGAUGGACGCACACCUGCUCUCACACACACACACACACACUGAAGAAGACCUCUCUCUCUCUCUCUGUCUAUUAUGUGUGUGUGUGUUACUUUAAUAAUGUGAACUUAAAGAGAGAGAGAGAUUCACCCCUACAUCUACAGCACUGAUCCAGGACAGCUCUGCAGGACUGAAGGCUACACACACACACACACACACACACACACACACACACACACACACACACACACUCGCUUUCUCUUGUGCUUUGAGGAGUUCAAGCUACAGUACAGGUUCCUCAUGGCUCGACUCUGGGCCCGCUGCUGUACUCAUUCUCACUCACACACACACACACACACACACACACACACACACACACACACACACACACACACACACACACACACACACACACACACACACACACACACACUCUUCUGUUGGCUGAUCAUGCUGCUGUAUUCCUCUGCUGUUGUGUUGUUCAGGACGCCUCUGAGCUGAAUAAAGUCAGUAUUCCUG